AUGAAGCUGCUGCUUGUGUGCACAGUCCUCGGACUUGCGGGGGCCGUGAAGACCCGAAACGGUGUGCACCAUGCCAAGCCCGCAAAGAUUGUGGAGAUGCUGAAAGGAAUGGCGGAGAAGGCCGAGGCAGAUGGCAAAGCAGAAGACGAGACCCUUGACAAGUUUCAGUGCCACAGCAAGAAGGUCAUCUCUGAGAAGGCUACGACCAUUGCAAAUCUGCAGGAGCUGAUUGGCUCCACGGAGAAUCGCAUCGAGAAGCUCACGGCACUGAGCUCGGAGCUGGCCACGAAGCAGCGAGCUUCCACCAGGGACCUGGAGGCGAACCAGGGGACGCAGGACCAGGCCGCGGCGGCGCGUGAGAACGCCAACAAGGCCUUCGCCGAGCAAGAGGCGGAUAUGGCUGCAAGCCUGGCCAGCCUGGAGAAGGCUUUGGUUGAGCUGAGCGAGGUGAAGGGCGAUGCUCAGGCCGCCUCGCUGCUCGCCACCUCUAGCGACCCGAAGGUGCAGGAAGUGACGCGAGAGCUGGAGGCCGUGGCUGAGGAGGCUCGCGACUUUCUGGCGCCCAAGGCCCUGGCGAUGCUCCGCAAGCCCGCGGACUACGAGCAGCAGAGCGGCGGCGUGCUGGGCACCCUGCAGAGCCUCAAGGACACCUACGCCAAGGAUCUCAAGGACCUGCGCGAGGGGGAGGUAUCCGACAAGGCCUCCCACAAGAAGUUGCUGGAGCAGCUUGGUGGGGAGCAGGCUGAGCUGAAAAAGAUGCUAGAGAUGACAGAGGCAGAGAUCGCGAGCACCAAGGAGGAGCUGGUGACCAAGCGCUCGCAGUUGAAGCAAGCCAAGGAGGAUUUGGAGUCAGAAAGUGCGCUGAAAGCCGAAACAGAGAAGGUGCUGGCGCAGAAGACUGGCGUCUAUGAGGAGCGCCAAACGCUGCGAUCGGAGGAAGCCACGGCCAUCGCCAAGGCGGUGGCGGUGCUCAACAGCGAUGCCGCUUUUGCCACCUUUGGUCAAGUGAGCGCCACAAGCUUCUUGCAAACCGCCGGCCAGCCGAAGCAGGCGCUGGCACUGCUGCGCCGGGCCGCCACGGAGAGGCGCUCCCAGCGCCUGGGCCGGGCUGCGGCGUGGCUGGCGCGGAAGGCCACGGGGCCCUUCGACAAGGUAAUCGAAGAAAUCGCUGCCAUGCAGGAAGUGAUCAGCGACGAAGCCAAAGCUGACAAGAAGAAGUCCGACUGGUGCGCCGCAGAGCUGGCUAAGAACGCGGAUGACCAGGGCGUCAAGAGUGGCAGGAUCGAUGCGCUCAACACGGCCAUCACUGAGCUGGGCGUCAGCAUUGAGGGCCCAGUGGAUGGCCUGCAGGUCACGCUGAAGCAGGCGGAGGAGGAGCUGCAGCAGAACGAGAAGGACCAGGAGGAGAUGACCAGCUCCCGGAAGGCUGAGAACAGGAACUACCAGAAGAAGGUGGCGGACCUGCAAAGUGCGCAGGGCCUGUUGACAAAGGCGAUGAAAGUCCUGCAAGCAUACUAUGCCAAGCUGGCGCUGAUGCAGGCAGACCCUUCGUACGAUGAGGGCAAGUACACCGGCCAGAGUUCCGCGGGCGAGUCAGUCUUGAAGCUCUUGCAGACGGUCUUGGACGACUCGGCAAAGGAGGAAAGCGAGGCGCACGUUGCCGAGAAGGAGGCGCAGGCGAGCUUUGAGGAUGGGCUCAACCUGCUGGCUCAAUCUGAGGAGAAGCUCAGGAAGACCAUUGCGGACUCCAGCAAGGAUAUUGCGGAUAAGAAAAUCGAGCUGGGCGAGAAGAACAGCAUGCUCAAGGACACCAAGCAGGAGAAGACCUCGCUGGUGCAGUACUUGGCAGACGUGAAGCCUGGCUGCGACUGGAUCAAGGCCAACCUGGCUCAGCGGGAGGCGAAUCGGGCCGCGGAGGCCGCGUCUCUGACGAAGGCGGUGGAGCUCAUCAAGGGCACGCCGGCCUACGAAGCGUGA